CGCGAUGCGGAUGUUCCAUAGAUUGUGCCCAUAGCUGGCCGCCAGGUGUUUUGAGUCAUGAAGAAUGUCAAGGCUGCCAUGCGGGGAGCCCAAGAGACCUUGGGCUUCGAUUCCCCAAGCCACAUGAAGGGCCUGCAGGUCUUUAUUGCUGACAUACGAAACUGCCAGACGAAAGAACAAGAGCAGCAGAGGGUUGACAAGGAGUUGUCGAAGAUUCGCUUGAAAUUUGCAAAUCCCAAAUCCCUCUCGGGCUAUGACAAGAAAAAGUACGUCUGGAAGCUGCUGUAUGCUUACAUGCUGGGCUACGACAUCGACUUUGGACACUUCCAGGCUGUGGAGCUCUGCUCCGCAUCGAAAUUCAGUGAGAAGACUGCCGGGUAUUUGGCCACUUCUCUGCUUCUUGCUGACAACAACGACAUGGUGCGCAUGAUCGUGAACAGCGUGAAGACAGACAUGGCAUCUGGCAAUGAGCACAUGGCUGCAUUGGCCCUGAACACGGUGGCCAAUAUUGGAGGUCCUGAGUUUGCCGACAACCUUUUCUCUGACAUAUCCAAGAUGCUUUUGUCACAGUCCAACGCGCUGUCACCGUACAUUAAGCGAAAAGCGUGCAUUUGUUUGCUGAGACUAUACAGAAAGGAAAAUGAUGGCCUGAAGCCAGACAUAUGGUCAAAGAAGCUUGCUGCUCUAUUCCUCGAGCGAGAUAUUGGUCUUUUAACGUCUGUCAGUGGCUUCAUGCUCGGAAUCCUAGAGAUGGGCAAAUAUCCCGUCCAGGCGUGGGCAGAAGUGGUGCCACCUGUGUGCCAGUGCUUAGCCAGCCUGGUCCAAGGGGAUUGUCCUGAAUUCUAUGAGUACUAUCAUGUACCUGCUCCCUGGCUUCAGACGAAACUUCUUAGAAUCUUGCAAUUCUUUCCUGUCUCCAUGUUCGACGCAGAGCUGUUGCACCGGAUGAAUGUGAUGCUGCAGAGCAUCUUGGCCAAGCCAUCCUCACAGAGAACUCCGGCGCCCCCACCAGGCCCCGGCAAAAAGAGAAGCAAGGUGGAUGCGGAGCGUCAAAACCGCUCCAAUGCUGAACACGCCAUCCUUUUUGAGGCCAUGAAUUUGAUGAUUCAUCUGGAGGACACAGCUGACCCAGAGACAAUGAAAACAGCUGCUGGCCUGCUUGGGAUCUUCUUGUCUUCAACAGACCCAAACAUCAGGUAUUUGGGUCUGGAAACUAUGGCGAGACUGGCGACAAACCUCUCGACCCAUGAAUAUCUGGACAGGUAUAAGAAUCAAAUCCUGGACAAGAUGCACGAAACCGACAUUUCAAUUAGAAGACAGGCUCUGAAUCUCCUCUAUGCAUUGUGCAGGCCGGAGAAUUGGCAGCAAAUUGUCGAUGAGCUCCUGGAGAUUCUGGGUGCCAGCGAUAGCUUGCUACAAGAGGAGCUGGUUCUGAAGAUUGCCAUCUUGGCAGAGAAGAACGCUCCGAAUUUCGGUUGGUACGUGGAUGUGGUCUUCAAGAUGUUGGAGAGUGCUCCGGACGCCGUUGCAGAUGAUGUUUGGUAUCGAGUCGUGCAGGUCGUGACAGGCUUUGAAGACGGAUCUGCAGAGUCAGAGAAGCACGGUUUGCAGCGACACGCUGCCAGCAAGGCUUAUCAAAAUCUCACAUCUCAGAGAGCUCCUCAUGAUACCUUGCUGCGCCUGGGCGCGUAUUUGAUGGGUGAGUUCGGGCACCUGCUGCCACCCAGCGUGACGCCUCGGGCAAAGUUCGAAGCUUUACAUCGGCACUUCGUAAGGGGCUCCCAACAAACCAAGGCGAUCAUUCUGCUGGCAUCCGUGAAGCUCCUGAACGGAAAUGAAGCUUUGUCCGGGGAAGUCGGCAGCUUCCUGAAGGAAAUUCAGGACAGCGCAGACGUUGACCUACAGCAGCGCACAGUUGAGCUGCUUCAACUUGCACGGGAUCAGGACAAGCUCGACGAAGUUCUGUCACCGAUGCCAGCGUAUGCUGAAAGCGUGCAAAGAAACAAUCCGCUGGUGCAGCGGCUGAAGUUCUCCUCCAGGAAUCGCGCGCACACACGUGCGGAACUCGAAGAGGCAGCGAAGAGUGAAGGAGGCAUGUAUAAACCUGGAGGCAAAAAAGUGGAGGGAGACGGGCGAGCACUGGAGCUUCCUGAUCCAGGUCGAGUAAGUGCAGUGAGGUCCAGCCCACAGGCUGCUUCAGAGUCCGAAUCCUCGGAUUCAGAAGGUGCAGCUCCGGAUCCACAAGCCGCCAAUGGGACGGCCAGUGGGCCUAGUCCCAAGGAUCUGUGGCUCCAGUUGUGCCUGGCUCCAGUUGGAAGGUUCUACAACUCUCCCCAUUUGGUUUUGGAGAUGAAGCAAGAGUACAAUGCGGCAACUGGCCGCUUGACGAUUCUCUUCAAGAACAACUCCAAGGGAGCCAUCGGCAACAUUCGUGUACAGAUUCCCGAGGUUCCCUUCAUGAAAGUCCAGACCUUCAGCGAGGUUCCACCCUCAAUGAAGCCGGGUGAGCAGGCCCAGCAUCUGGUGCAAGUGCAAUGCCUGCGACCCUUCUUGCAGCCUGCAAGAUAUGCGGUGGAGUAUUGCACUGCCCCAGGUGAGCCAGCUCAACAGUUGCCUUUGCUGCUGCCUGCUGUGGUGACCAAGUUCAUCUCUCCAGCAGAAGUGCAGCCUCCGCAAUUCAUGCCCUUCUUCGAAUCCUUAGCUGGACAGCCGAGAGAACUGCUUUCGGUGGGAAAGGCAAAGCAGCCUCCAAACCAGUGGUUGAACUACCUUCAAAAGGGCUUCAACUUCUUUGUGCUGCCUGGAAGUGGACCAACGCAGACCCUAGCGGCAGGGACGCUGAACACAGCUACACCAGAUCCAUCUCAGCCGGGCAAGAUGAUGAGUGUUCCCAUUCUCGUACGCUUGGAGUACGAGGGAAACCAGCAACUGGUUCGACUGACGGUUCGCACGCAACAUGGAGAAGUGACAAGUAGCGUGGCCAAGAUCAUGGAGACGUACCUCUUAGUUCCUCCUAAUGGUUCGUAGCGAUCCGAAAGGUGAAGGUACGGAGGUUGGGUCCCCAGAGAUUUGACGGAAGAGUUUCACCC